GGACAAGCGACCGCUAAUUGCGGUCGCUUGUUUUCCCAGCAUGUAGCUCUUGCCGCGGAAUAAGUAGUAACUAAGCCCUAUUACCAGUCUCCUCGUUGUACAGGCGACCAAAACGGUACCGUUUGUUGAAGCAGGCGUCGUAUUUAGAAAUAGAUGCCGUUCAUCUCCUGCGCUCAAGUACUUAAAUUUGUUGUACGCACUUUGAAGCGAGCAUAUAAUAAUGCCGCCGUCGUUGAUCUUCGCAUCCCGUAAUUUUUCUAUGGCGCAACAAAGGGCGCCGCGCUCCUCCAUGCGACUUUGUGCUACUUGUUCCUUCCGAAGGCUUUUCGCGCCAGGGUUGUACGGUGCCGGAGGCGGUGUCGCUACUACUACUGGACGACAUGAAAAUUUUCUCGCCGCCGGUUCAAGGACGACGGUAUCGCGUCGCGGAUUUUCUUCAUCCUCGUGCCCAUCUGCUGGUAGCAAAGUAUUAUCACCGUGCGAGCGAAGCAGCUGUAACACCAGUUCUUGUUCCGGCAGAAUUAUACUACAACCGGUGGACCACGUCGGCGGCGCGAGGAGGUCUCUUGUCGCCCUCGGGUCUUCUUCGCGAUCUCCCUCCAGGCUGCCGAACUUGUCAAACAUGACCAGCCACCUGUUUCUGCCCACCAUUCUGCCCCUCCACAGUCAGAGGCGGUACCGGCGCGAGCGCGGGGGGCGCAUGUCCUCGAAGCUACGGCAGAUCUACCGGAAGGCCCGGAACCUGGCUCGCGAAAAGGGGGAGGUAUCGGAGGAAAAAACUGGCUCACUGUAAUACUUAACUUGUCAACAUGCAGAAGCAUUGAAAUGCAGAAAUGUUUGCUUUGCUGCGCAUGCACGACCGAGAGUCAUUGUCAGGUUUGUUUUGCCAUGGGAACCAGGACACAUGGCAUCAAAUUUUCUCUGUCAUGUAGAACGAAUUUGUAAUGCAAAAGUUCCAAGAAAUGGAAAUCCAUACAGUGAAAAACUUUUUCCGAGCGAUGCAGAGACACACUGUUCGAAAAAAAAGUGAAGACCCCCGCGAGCCGUCACAUGCUACUUCGCGCGGCGCCAGACGUGGAGGAAAUGAAGUCGACGAAUCCGUAUCAAAUGCAAACAUGUCUGGGUCUGGAACAAAGCCGCUUGUCAUGCUAAAUCUGAAUCAGGUAAAAAUCUGUGUUGCAUGGUUACCAAAAGCUGUUCACUUUUGAACUGAUCGAGAGGCAGUUUCUCAUGCAGGAUAGGCAUGAUACAACUCUCGCAGAAUCUGCCAUGCCAGGUCCCGCAUUGCAGACCUCAUGGGUCAUGGUAAACCUGCAUGACAGGUCUGGCACUCUUCCAGGCCCAGACACUUUUGCGUUUAAUAAUCCGGAUGGAACUACGACUCUCCGAACCUUUCACAUUCCGGGGAUACCGAAGAAAAACAAAACGAAAAUGUGAAAAAAAUGAAUCACAUACUUACGCGAGAAAAUGAUUUUCUACUUGUUCGAAAAGAAACGUGAAUUGGAACAAUCAACAUGGCACUCACGGUUUUUGAUUUAGCAAUGUGCGCGGCUGCAGACGAGCUAGAGGCACGAAAUGAAACUGAUAGUCUGCGCUUGUUAAACCUGGAGAUGGAAGCAGGUCGGUACGGAG